AUGUAUCAAAGAGGUCAACAUGGCGACUAUGGAAAUUAUCCGUACAUACCACCGCCGGAUCCGAUGACAUCAUUAAAUCCUAUGACCUCAGUCGGUUCUAUGUCAAAUUCAAGGACAAAUUUCCAAUAUCAAUCACCAGUAUUACAACAAAUGCAGCAGCAACUAUCAGUACCACAGCCACUGCCACAGCCACGCAUAACUUCGAGUUAUUAUGCAACCACAUCGCUUAUUCCAACGUAUACUUCCGAAUGUUUUCAACGUUUCUAUCAGCCAACGACAACAUUGAACGAUUUAGCUGAUCCCGGCUGGGUAUUUGAUGAUGUAGCACCACCUAUCAAUUACCAGAACAAUAUCACUGCUGUCACAGAAGGAUAUGCACCAGCAAAUCCAGUAAGACGAUCGACAGUGAGCGAAACACGUUUGGCAACUGCAAGUUCCAUGCGUGAGCAAUUAUUAACAGAUAUUCUUCGUGAUAUGGGCGACAUCAACGAAGAAAUCAGUUCCAUGGAAGGUCAAUUAAAUAAAUCUCGUCAAAGACCAUUCGGUUUUACACCGAUGAUCGACAGAGAUCCACCUGAUCCAGACGCCGAAUUGGAGCCAACACAAUAUCUGUCCGAACCAAUUGUAUUUCCCAAACCUAUGGAGAAUGGCUCGACUUGGAGUUAG